AUGAAGCUGAAAAAUUCCAUUGUGCUGAGUCAUUUUGGUUUGCUGAUUGUUGUGAUAAAGGGUUGUGAUGCUCAUUAUCGGUGUUCAAGGUUUUGGCCUGUUCAAGUAUUGAUAGUGCUGGUGCUUCCGACUGUGGCAUUGCUACUACAUAUCAUUAAAGUCAGGACAACUGAAGAUAUAGAGAGAAUUUCUCAGACUUUGAACCAAGAAAUGAUAUUGGAGAUUGAAAGCAAAGCUAAAUUACUAGCUCCAUUGAGUUCAUCUGCUACAAAUCUUGCAAGAAUUUUAAGCGCAUCAGUGAAUGAAACCAGGCUUUCAUUUUCUAUAAUUGAAUCAAAGGUGGCUCCUCUGCUGUUUCAAGCAUUUUCAACUAUUCCAUACCUUUCACAAGUUUCAUUUACCGGAACAGAUGGUUUGUUCUUCUCAUACUACAGCAAAGAAGAUCAGCAACAGCCUGUUGCUGUAUAUUUUAACUCCUCAUCGCCUAUUAACCAAAAAAACUCAACAAUGUACACCUGGUACACUCAGCCAGUUAGUCGCAACACUGGAAAGCCAUACGGAGAAGCUGUGAUUACUCCUCCAAGUAUUACUAAUGCAACUAAAAACAAAUUUGCUUCACUAGGAACAUCAUGGAAUGAUUCCCAAGAUCUCCAUUUCCUUAACACAGCUGCUAUGGAUGGAAGAGGAACUAUAUCUCUAGGUUUCCGUGUGAAACCAUUGCUCAGUUUCUUCUGCAGUUUCGAUGGUGAGGGUGGCAGUUUAUACUUGGCUACAAAAGAUGGAGUAGGAGUACUAGAAGGGACGAUUCCAAACACUCGUGUAGUCAUAAAGAGCAAUUCAGUUUCAGUUCAGCUGAUAGAUUCAUUUGGUGUGCAAGUAGGUCAAGUUGGUAAUGUUACUUGUCAACAGAAUGAUGGCACUACAGAGGAAUCAAAUUUCAACAUUUGGAAAAUCAAGUAUUCGUUAUACUGCUCAGACCUAAAAAUUCUUGGGGUGGAAUUGGUUUAUGUAUUGACUAUACCACAUAAGAGACCCCGGAGCUUUGUGCAUGGCUUCAACAAUGUGCUUGUUUCCGUCCUGUUUAUAGUAGCUGCUAUUUUUGUUACUACAGUUUAUCUUCUGCUUCUUGUUGUCUGCGGGGAAAGGACAAAGAUGGGGUUACGUGCUGCUCUAAUACAGCAAAUGGAAGCCAGCCAUCAAGCUGAAAGGAAGAGUUUGAAUAAGAGUCGUGCCUUGGCCCGUGCAAGCCAUGACGUGCGUGCUUCACUAGCAGGCCUGACUGGCUUGAUAGAGUUAUGUCACGAGCUGGUAGAUCCUAGAUCCGAAUUGGAGGGAAAUUUAGUACAAAUGGAAGCUUGUACAAAGGACCUUUUAGGUAUUUUGAAUACAAUUCUUGAUACAAGUAAGAUUGAAUCCGGGAAAAUACAACUGGAAGAAGAAGAGUUUGAUGUGGCACAAUUACUCGAAGAUGUGGCUGAUUUGUUUUAUUCAGUAGCCAUGAAGAAGGGUGUAGAUGUGGUGCUGGAUCUCUAUGAUGGCUCGGUUAGAAAGCUUUCCCGUGUUAGAGGAGAUCGAGGGAAGCUUAAACAGAUACUCUGUAACUUGGUUAGCAAUGCUGUCAAAUUUACCUCAGAGGGACAUGUUUCAAUAAGAGCUUUUGCCAGGAAACCAACUUUUGAUGAUUCAAUACUUGCCAACACUCGGAAUAAUCUAGUGACAUGGUUACCUUUCUUGUUCUCCAAAGAAGCUGAAGCAUAUAAUGACUAUGAAGCUAAAAAGGCUUUCCAACAAAAUGAAAAUUGCAUGGAGUUUAUAUUUGAGGUAGAUGACACAGGCAAGGGAAUUCCCAAAGAGAAGGCGAAAUCAGUAUUUGAGGACUAUGUUCAGGUUAAGGAGACAGCUGAUGGACAAGAAGGCACUGGCUUGGGGCUUAAUAUUGUUCAGUCUCUUGUACGUCUAAUGGGAGGAGAGAUCGUGAUUAAAGAUAGAGAAGUUGGCAGGAAAGGAACUUGCUUUAAGUUCAAUACUUACCUCUCUCUAUGCGAGACUAACUGCAUAACUGGAAAUACAAGAGAGUAUGACCCUGAAUCACUUGGUAGCUACGUUUCUGGUGGAUCUGAUCAGUCUUCAGGAAGAAACCUUGCAAGGAGUGGUCAAAAGAUAGAAGGAACAUUAGUUGUUCUUUUCAUCCAGAGUGAAGAAAGGCGCAAGGUUUCUAAGAAAUCUAUGGAGCGACUAGGGAUUAAAGUUUUGGCUGUAAAGAACUAUGAACAGUUUUCUAAUACUCUGAAAAUUAUCAAAAGAAGGCUGCUACAUUCUCAGAGUAGUUCUUCUGAAAGACCUGACCUAAGCUCCAGGAGUGAUUGCCUAAAAAACCCGACACCAAACAGUUCUACCACUCAGAAUAUUAAUACCAGUACAUCAAUAUUCGUUAUAAUUGUUAUAGAUACUGAUGGAGGACCAUUUCGUGAACUCAGCAAGGCCGUGGCUGAAUUCAGAAAAGGCCAUUGCAGUAGUUGCAGCAGGAUCGUUUGGCUAGAUAAACCAGGAGCACGAAAUAUUCAAGUUCAAGGCCUUGACAAGGAUAAACUCCCUCCAAAUGAUCUCAUCUUGUUCAAGCCAUUACAUGGAUCACGUUUAUAUCAGAUUUUGCUGGACUUUCAGGCACUGACGCGCAACUACCAACCAUCAGCAGAAAAUAAAAUUAAUUCAUCAACUCAAAAAUUCCCCUCAGGACCCAAUGCUACUAGUGGUAAAACAGUGCUAACCUCAACACAUGACUCUUCUGCUAAAAGCAUUCCAAAACUUCAUGGGGAUAUCAAAGAACAGGGUGGGCCAGUAAAUGAGAAACCUUUGGGUGGGAAGAAGAUCUUGGUGGCGGAAGAUGAUAUGGUGUUACGUAAAAUAGCAUGUUCUGUUAUUACUAAACUUGGAGCCAGUGUCGAAAUAUGUGAAAAUGGAAAAGAGGUUCUGGAAAUUGUCUGUAAAAGUUUGAAUGAUCAAAGGAAACAAGAAGCUUCUGAUGUUCCACCUUACGAUUACAUUUUUAUGGAUUGCCAGAUGCCAAUUAUGAAUGGCUUUGAAGCAACUAGACGUAUCCGAGAAGAAGAGGAACAUCAUGGCAUUCACAAGCCAAUAAUAGCUUUAAGCGCUCAUACAAGCGAUUCAGAAAUAAGAAUGAUGAUUCAAGCUGGAAUGGAUCAUCACAUACCAAAACCAGUGAACCCAACAAAGCUGCUACAAGUUAUUAUGGAUAUUCAUGGAAGAUGAAACCUACAUCUACAAGUCUUUUACAGUUCUACAGAUGGCAAGUAAAUGAACAGUUGGGCUCAGCAUGAGUCGAGCCUAGUAAUGGUUGGCUCUGGCAAUAUGCCCCGAUCAAAUAAAGAAUGAAUCUGAACUGUGAUCCCCAUGUAUAACUUAAAUUUACUUGCCAAUGUAGGUAAUUUGUCCUUG